AUGAUCCCAGGUCAUGGGCCGGUGAUCCAGGCGGUGCUAGGGACGUGUCUCACCUGGGGCCUGACGGCAGCUGGCUCGGCGCUGGUGUUCGUGUUUUCCAGCGGCCAGAGGCGAAUCCUCGAUGGAAGCUUAGGCUUUGCUGCGGGGGUCAUGUUGGCAGCUUCUUACUGGUCCCUCCUGGCCCCAGCUAUUGAAAUGGCUGAGGAAUCUGGAAGUUUUGGAGCCUUCGCUUUCUUCCCUGUGGCUGUUGGCUUUACUCUAGGAGCAGCUUUUGUGUAUUUUGCCGACCUGCUCAUCCCCGUGCUGGGUUUCAGCGGACCUCCCCAUGCAGCUUUUGCCUUGAGCUGUGACCCACGAGCGGUGAAAGAAAAAUAUGAGCAUGAACCCACCCAUCACCUGGACUAUGAGAGCGAGCUGUCCAUCCGGAUAGGUAGAACUGGGCUCCAUCCAGACAAAGGGGAAAACGGGGAGCCGUACCAGCGGCGGAGAGCAGCGGGGGCCAGCCUGCCAGACGGCCCCCCGGCCGGCCCCGCGCCCGGGGGCAGCGCCCCAGCGCCCGGCAGCAGCAGCUGGAGGCGGAUUGUGCUGAUGAUCCUCGCCAUAACGAUCCAUAACAUCCCGGAGGGUCUGGCAGUUGGAGUUGGAUUUGGCGCUAUUGGAAAAUCAGCAUCGGCAACGUUUCAGAGCGCCAGGAACUUAGCGAUCGGAAUUGGGAUCCAGAAUUUCCCGGAAGGGCUUGCCGUGAGCCUGCCUCUGCGCGGCGCUGGACUCUCGACGUGGCGAGCGUUCUGGUAUGGGCAGCUGAGCGGCAUGGUGGAGCCUUUAGCUGGCAUCUUUGGUGCCUUUACUGUGGUGGUGGCAGAGCCUCUUCUCCCCUAUGCCUUGGGCUUUGCUGCUGGAGCGAUGGUCUAUGUGGUCAUGGAUGAUAUCAUCCCUGAGGCACAAACCAGUGGCAAUGGGAAGCUGGCUUCCUGGACCUCAAUAUUAGGAUUCGUGGUGAUGAUGUCCCUGGACGUCGGCCUCGGCUAAUGGCAGGUCACCACUCCCAGCAGAAGACUUCAGAGCAAUUUGCGUGGCGGCACUUGGAACUGGACAUACUUUAUCCUCUAGACUUUUUUGUAUAUACUUUUUGAUCUGGUUUGGUGUUGAUUACCGAUAAUUUUAUAUAUCUUUCCCCAUAACAUAAUGUUAAUGGUUUUCAAAACACAAAUAUGGGUGGCUCCUUGCAGGUCCUGGUUUCCUUUUGCCACCAGAUUUUCUUUUUUUUUUUUUUUUCUUAACAGGGUUGUUGGUAAGAUGCAUUGACGGGGCUGCAGGUUACAGUUUACUUUCCCUUCAGCUCUGGGGUUGUUUCUCUAAACCAGGUCACUCUUGGUUUUGGUCAUCUUUGUUCUGUAGAAGAUUAGAAAUUCACUGUCAAGUGUUUACACUACUCUGCGGUUAAGUACCAAGGCAUUUGAAUGGAGUAAACUCCUUCAAGAGGCUCCAUUUCCACACUUGAUUUUGAAGGCAGGUGGAAAGAUUAGUCCUAAGGUAACAUAGACAGCACUUUGUGACAGGUCUAAUACAUCCACUGGUCCUGGGGAAUUUUUUAGGGUACUAGCGAUUUUGAUGGUUGCAAAUAGUCCAAACAAAUAAAAAAUGCAUUUUCUUGGUAUCUCUGCAAGAGGGAAACAUCUUGUUUUUCUGAAACGUAUCUCCCAGGUGGGGCUUUGUUGCAAUGCAGUGUGGCUUGUCCAAUACCCAGAGGUCUUCUCCUUUAAAGAAGACAGGGAGAAGAACAUGUGCGUUUUGUAGCAUGCGCUCUGUUAAAAGGCAAGAUGUGGUAAUCCACGUUGCUGGUAAUGUGCUGCGUGACUGUCAUACGGCAGGAUUCGUGUCCACGUGGGCCAGUGACUGUGUUUCUGGUGUUACUGAGCCACAGCUAUUUUAUGGCUGCUAUUUUGAAUAGUUAAUAACUCUCUGCUUUACCGAAGAUCUCCAGGAAGCGUAAACGUGGGCUUUUCCCAGCGGCUGCCCCAUCAGCACCUUGUCUCUGCAAUGGCCAUUGAGGAGCUCGGGGCUGAAUCAGGCUCGACGGAGAACCCGGGGGGGAGAGCAGCUCUCCUUUCCCUUAGCAGGAUCAGGGUGAAAUACUUUAUCAAGAUGAAAUAAUUAUCCAGCCCAAAGAGCCAGAAGCAUGCACCACAUGUAUCUGCCUCUUCACCCCUCUCCUCCUCAAGCGUCUUUGGCCGUUGCUGGGCUUGCUGCGGGUCGGGAGCCGGCGCCGCUCAGCUCCCGGGCGCCCGGUGCUGGCCCUGGGGCCACCGCCGUCACCCUCCAGGGAAGGGCACGCCGCGGGAGCUGGCGCGAAACGCGCCUCCCUGCGCGGGCGGGUUCCCGGGGUCGGGGCCGCGCGGGCGGUUGCAAACCCGUGGGAUUGCUGCAGGUGCUGCUAGGGAGGCUGCGGGAAGGCAGCCCGGGGAGCCGGCGGGGCUGAGCCAUGGCGUUCGCUUCGGUUCGCUUUUCGGUUGGAUUUCGUUUGUGUUUCAUCUGUAUGUCAACCUGGAUGAUACAAAACUACUGUUUGCUGAUGGAUUUGACCUUUUAACUGUGAUUGGUUUCA